AUGAAAGGCUCUUCACGGGCUCCCCUUGUUCUUCCUGCCUCUCUCCCGUCUUCUCUCCUUCGGCCUCUCUCUUCCCUUUCCUCUCCUGAUCACCGCCUCGCCUCCGCAUCACAUUCCCGUUCCUCACCCCUCCCUGCUCCCUUCACCUUUUCCUCCCUCCCCCUCCCCUCCCCCCUCUUCCCUCCAGGGACGGCGCCAGUACUUCCCCUUUCCGCCCGCCACGCCCUGCUCGACCCGCUCUUCCUCUCCGCGCCUCUCCCCUCGCUAGACGCCGCCCUCCCCCUCCUCUCGCUCCCCCCCUCCAUUUCCGCCUACACUGCGGAGCAUGCAGUCAGGGGGCGUUCACAGAUUCUUGGUCCAUCAGCAACAUCAGCCACAUCAGCAGCAGGGUGGAGAGGAGAGUACAGCGUGGAAAGAGUGGUGUCCCAGUUGGCAUCGGUGACGGAUAGGGCGUCGUCGCAUGCUCCUUCUGCCCUGCAUGCUCCGGGAUUUCUCGUCAGCCAGCACAUCGCAUAUCUCGCUCGGACAGUGCACGCCCCUCGCCCUUCUCUUGUCGCCAUCGCUGCGCCGCCUCUCCCCUCGCCGUCACAGCGCCCUUCCCGUCACUCUCGCCACGCCUCUUCCCUCGCCUCUCAUCUCCUCUCCCCACGCCGUCACAGUGCCUCUCCCCCUUUCCGCCGCAGUGCCUAUUCCGGGGGUGUAACAUCACCUCCCUUCCUUGUCCUCUCUCGUCUCUGCCCUAUCCUAUGCCCCCUCUCUGCCCUGUCCCAUCCCCUCAUUCCGCCCUGUCCCAUCCCCUCAUUCCGCCCUAUUCCAUCCCCUCAUUCCGCCCUGACCUAUCCCCUCACUUCGCCCUGUCCCAUCUUCUCACUCCGCCCUGUCCCAUCCCCUCUCUCCGCCCUGUCCCAUCCCCUCACUCCGCCCUGCCCCAUCCCCUCACUCCGCCCUGCCCCAUCCCCUCACUCCGCCCUGCCCCAUCCCCUCACCAUCCUAGACGAGCAAGGCGCAAGGCUCAGACAAACUGCAUGGACGUGCGUGCCGCCUCACCUUGCAUCUGCUUUCAUCACCUCAAAGGCGCAGAUGAGCUACAUCACGUAA